GCCGCGCUCCCGCCCCAGUCCCGCCCGGCUCCCCGGCUGCGCGCUCCAGGCUGGGUGCGCGCCAUGGGCAGCGGCAGCAGCCGGAGCGGCCGGAUCCCGAGGCGGCGGCGCAGCCCCGACAGGCGCCAGGCGAGCCCUGGAGAGGCAACCUCGGAGGGCGGCACGGCUCACCAGGCCCCGACGGCCGCGACACAGGAGGAGACCGGCCACGAUCCCCGCCCCGCGACGCCCCCCGGCGGCCGGGAGGAGACCCUGCGCCUGCUGGACCAGUUGCUGGCCGAGUCGGAGGCCUGGGGACCCCAGGAGCCGACCCCACGCGCCCCCGCCCGGCUCCCACCCGCGGUGUCCCCAGAAAAGAAGAUUAAGGACACCCCGGAAGACAGCUGUGCCCCUGAAGCCCCAGACAGCAGCCACAAGAGACCUGAGGGCCAGUCGGCCAUCUCCUACGAUUACUCCGAAGAGGAGCUGAUGGCAAGCAUUGAGAGGGAGUACAGCCGUUGAGCUGGUCACCACCGACCAGGCCUGGUCACCACCGACCAGGCCUGGCAGGCCUGUGAGCUGGGCGAGAGUCAGAGGGUACCACCACCUUGCCCCGCCUGUGGCCCAGCCAGAGCGAAACCACUUCUAGAAUACAGCCAGCCAUCUUUCCAAACUGAUUUUUAAAAGAAUCUCAGUCAGAGUCCUAGACCAAGACUAAGAAGAAGCAGGUCCUGGGCCACGAGUAUGUGAGUGCCUCCUCUCACACAGGGGUAGCCCGAAAUCUGAACCUUGAGUCCUUUCUGUUUACUCAUUUUCCAGGAGGCAAAGGUCAACCUCUCUUGGCAUCUGUGUGUGCCACAGGCUUCUAGAAGGUUCCACCAAGGUAUGUUCUUGGUCUUCACACUAAGAGUUCUCCAGAGGGAUACAGUAGACUCCAUGCAGGCUCACAAUAGGGCCUGAGUGUAUGGCUGGCAAGUAGAUCCUGAGCAUGUAGAUCUAGGUAGAUCCAGAGACUGCAUUUCCAACAGCGUAGCAGUCAGGGCAAGCUGCAGGUGCAAGGACCAAGUGCCUGCAGUUCAGACUGUCCCCCGGCUCCUCCCUUCCUCAUGCUAGAGGCUCCUCCAACAGCACACCAGCCUCUCCUGCUUGGAUGUUGUAGGAAGAGAGCGUGGGCCGGGAUCCACAGAAUGCUCUGGCAUCCCAGUAUUCCACAUGAGCUUAUGGUGGGAUGCAGAGCUCAUCGAUUCUCUCUCUGGGCCUCAGUUUCUCUCUGGGGGAGAAUCCUCAAGGUUCUUGAAGACCUUUCAAGCUCUAUCUUCCAGCCCGUCACCUCCCAGCUGCCACUGUGCCUUCUCUAUCCUGCUGAGUGAAGAAUCACUCGGAUUACAGGAGCUGGGAGAGCGAGCCCGUGUGAGAUAGGUCUUCAUGGCAACGGCGCUCCAGUUCCCCUUUGGCUGGCAGUCUGGCUGUGGACCUCUUCUCCUCCUUCCUGCUCGGGCGGAAGGCAGACACAAUAAUGAGGCCAGAAGAGCCUUCAAACAUUCCCAGUGGACAGAUGGGAAGUACAGAGAGUCUAUGGGAAGGAGGGAUGGGCUUGUGUGGGUCCUGUAGAGCCCAGGUCUUGCUCGGGUGUGUGGAUGCACCGGGACAACUGGUGAGGAUGCUGUAGGAAGAGUUCACAGAUCUGUGAGUGGUGGCACAUGCUCACCAUCACAGCAGGCAUCCGGCCAAGGCUGAUGAUGACUAUUGAGAACUGAAGGCUACACAGUGAAGGCAAGACCAGCCCAAACUACUUAGUGAGAUUCCGUGUCAGAAAACAGUAGAGAAGGAGGGAAUGGUGGCAGC